AUGGAGCCUCCUCAACAAUCUCAGCAGCCUGAGCAGCCGCAACAACCCCAACUUUCUCAGCCUCAGUUCCAGCCACCCGCGCAGCAACCGCAACAGCCGCAACAACCACAAUCUCAGCAACAACCGCAGCCUCAACAAUUCCAGCAACCUCAACAACCUCAGCAACCUCAACAAACUCCACAAAACCCUCAAUCUCAGGAACCACAGCAACCACAGCAAGCACAAGCUCCGGGACAGGCUGAGACUCCGCCAUCAUACGCCCCCUUGCCCGCGCCCCCGGAUGCCCUUUUUCGCACAGAAGUCGAAGCCGUACAAGCUGUGAAGGCAUUUGCACAAGUCCAUCAAUAUGCCGUGAUUACAAAGCGCACCAACAAAGGCCGUGAGGGGAAAGUUGAGGCCAUUUAUAUGACCUGCGACCAGGGCCAGACGUACCGUUCAACCGCGAAGGAGCGUCAACGGGAGCCAUCACGACGUACUGGCUGCCCAUUUAGCUUACGUAUCAGCCAUCAUAAGACCGACAAUCUAUGGCAUGUCAAAGUCCGCGACCCUACACACAAUCAUGGCCCCUCGCAGCCAGGCCAACAUCCCUCAAUCCGCCGUGAAGAAAUCAGCCAGAAGACGCAGUAUAUCAAAGCUCUUCUUGACAUCAAUAUGCCACCAAGCCAAAUCCUCAAACAGCUUCGCCAUGUGGACCCUAGCACUGUCAUCCAGAUCCGCGACAUAUACAACCUCCGUCAUCGUCUUUAUCAAGGGAAAACACCAACCCCAGCGGUCAUCAUAUCAGACUUCAAGCAGUCUAAGCCUAGGAAGCGCCGUGCCACAGAGGGUUCCGACAAUCAAUCUUCCGGGGAGGCUUCACUGCCCGGAGCUGUAGAGCCGAAUGUCUUGGGAGACGAUCAAGGCCUCGCCAGCCCUGUCAGUGGCAUACCGGGGACUCAGGACAUGCAUACUCCAGAGCAACUCCUAAUCAAUACGCUGUUUUGA